UCUCGUGUCAACCUCAGAGACUGUCUCGGGUGCAAGCUGAACAGCAGUUGGCAGGAAACCUGCAGUGAAACGGGUUUUCAUCGUUGUUUGUGCUUCUCCAGCUUAUUAGCAGCUUGCAGCACCAAGAAAUGUCAGGGUGGUGGGUGUAGGUGUGACGAGACACUUCUACAUCUCCUGUGAUUCCAGCCUCCUGUCUCCUCCAUGACAACUCCGGAGGAAGACUAAACCGCAUUUUCUUGACGACAGAUCGAGGGUCGGCAGCCAGACUUUUAGGUGGGGUUUUUUUUUCAGCCAUUCGAUUGGAGCCAUAUCCGCAGCAUCAUCUCCUCAUUGUCAUCCCCCCGGUCAUCAACAUCGUCUGUAUCUGGACCUCGACACCGUGCGGUUGGUGACGAUCACAAGGUAUGUUCCGAUAAAUACUGGCGGGUUCUUCCCUGUGAUUUUUCCCCCCUGCUACCAAGCCUGAAUACAAAACGAUUCUUUUUUCUUUAUUGUGCUUUCAUGGACUGCAGUCCGACUCGGGGGUACCCCACGUGUUUCCGCUGUGCACAAGAGACUAUGAAUGGAGCACGCGGUUUGUUGACUUGUCGUCUGGACGCCCGUUCGUGCAGCUUGUGAUUGACAGAUGACAUUUCCACCGGUGUCCAGGCCAGCGCCUCCGUGCUACAAAAAUUACAGGUAAAAGUAGGUCGCUGAGCUGCUUUGCCAGCCAGCAAGCUGCAGGUGAGCGCGGCAUCUUCUCCUCCGCCAACGGCUGCAGAUCGAGCCGCCUGGUCUCGGCAGCACGCGCAAGGGGGCGACGCACACGCACUCUUGUUUCCGCGGACUCCGCCUCGGUGCCAGGACCGCUUCAAAGGGGGCAGAUGCAAGGGGAGGCGACCUCACCCACCCAGCCACCCACUCAUCCCGGUGGAAGACCACCCACUGGCUGAAGCCUUGUAUCGCAGUCCAUGUCCACUCAGCGCCGUUUGCCCCGCGCUUGACAGACAAUCAAUAUCCCUCUGCCGAGCAAACACUCCAACCCCGGCACCCAUGACAGCUGGGCGGAGCUACGAGGAGGCGCGGCCAAUCAAUGCCGGGUCAUUUGCAUGCUAGGCCGCGCCUUGGUCGCGAAGCAAGCCAAGUAUAUUGCUAGAGAGAGUGGGGUUUGUGGGUAUAUUUUACCACGGGCCACAUCGGCGCCAGCUCGUUCAUCUGUAGUGUUGUAUGUUCACUUUGUUGUUGACGCUGUCCACGACGUGAAUGUCAGGACGGCCCUCUCCCGUCGAGGCCCCUGUAGACUUGUUGUUGUAACAAAGUGAUAACAGAGAGUGUUGGGAAAGUGAUCGUCUUUUUUCUCUUCAGUGUUUUGACUCCAGCUCAUGAGUAGUGCUUGGAUAUUUCCCCUAUGAGUCGCUGGCUGCUGAGUGGCGGCAGUGCGAGUGCGGACUGUGACACUAGGUGGGUGAUGGUGUCGCCCAGUGUUUCGUGUUCCGCUCACAAGUAUAAACCCUCGCGCCGGGAGCACCGAUCUGGGAACUAUACGAUGUGUGAGUAAAAGUGAGGAACAGGACAGCCCCAAGACGCUGGGCCUUUUUUUUUCUUCUUCUUCUUCUCUUCCCGGGUAUCUCGGGUGCUGAAUCUUCACACCCACCCUUACCCCUUCCCUUCAACACCUGCUUUUUUGCCGUAUCGGCCGCCAGUUGACAGCUGAUACGCUUUGAUAAACAAGACUCCCACCUGCUUUCAACGAGCACCUUAUAUUUCAUCAGUUGUAUUAGACGAGUUCCUGUGAGAGGAACGUAAUUGCCCAACAGUGGACACCUCACACACCCACCACGUGUCGGGCCUGUACCACCUCUCCACCCCAACCCCUUCGUCGGACGCCAUGCUGCAUGCCAAGUCCAACUACGAUGCCACGCAGGCCAUGUCGUCAUAUCCGAUGACGUCCAUGUCGUCAAUGGGGUCGAUGACGUCCAUGGGAUCCAUGGGUCCGCUCGGCUCCAUGUCAACCAUGAGCUACAGUCCGCAGACCAUGCCCCCGAUGGGGGGUGUCUCCAUGGGCUCCAUGACGCCCCCUGGCAUGGGCGUCGGAGGGAUGCCGAUGGGGGGCAUGGGCAUGCACACAGGGAUCAGCUCCAUGGGCACACCGCCCAUGAGCGGCAUGAACGGCAUGAGCGGCAUGGCGAUGGGAGGCAUGCGCAACACCACCAUGGACAUGAUGUCCAUUAACCGCGCGCGUCACGACAAAACCUACAGAAGGUCCUACACGCACGCCAAGCCGCCAUACUCCUACAUCUCGCUCAUCACCAUGGCCAUCCAGCAGUCGCCCAACAAGAUGUGCACGCUCAGCGAGAUCUACCAGUUCAUCAUGGACCUCUUUCCCUUCUAUCGCCAGAAUCAGCAGCGCUGGCAGAACUCCAUCCGCCACUCCCUGUCCUUCAAUGACUGUUUCGUCAAGGUGCCGCGAACGCCGGACCGACCAGGGAAGGGCAGCUACUGGGCGCUGCACCCAGACUCGGGGAACAUGUUCGAGAACGGAUGUUACCUACGGCGGCAGAAGAGGUUCAAAUGCCCGAAGAAAGAGAUGAUGCGGCAGGCGGCGCGGGGGUUCAUGCGGUCGGACCACGCCUCGGGCGAUGAGCACGAGGGCAGCGUGGCCACUUCCAACGGUGACGGCGAUGACCGGCAUGGGGGCCGCCUGGACGACAGUGGCCAGCCCCUCUCGGCGCCAAACACUCCUCCGCACGUGUCAGACAACAAGCAGGCGCAGCCCAACCAGAACCCUCAUGGCAUCCAGCCCAAGUCGGAGCUGGACGCUCUACCCCUGGAGCUGCAGCACCCGGGGGUGUGCCAACCGUCGCUCGCGUGUGCCGGCGACCUGGGCAGCGUUCGCGGGCUGUCUCACGACGUGCAGGUCUCGCAGGCUCUGGGACUCCACCACCAUCAUCACCAGCAGCAGCAGCAGCAGCAGCACCACCAUCACCAGCCGCACCCGCAGCACCCGUCCCAGCACCAACACCAGCACCAUCAGCACCAAGCCCCACACAACCACCAGCAGCAGCAGCAGCAGCCGCCCCAGCAGCCACCCCCGCAGCACCACCCGCACCACCCGUCCAUGCAGCUGGGCCCUGCAGGUCAGUUAACUCACAACCACUCUUUUAACCAUCCUUUCUCCAUCACCAACAUCAUGUCGGAGAACAAGCUGGACAUGAAGAUGUAUGAAAGCAUGCACGCUGGCUAUGGCUACGCCCAGAUGUCGCCAUUGUCGCUCCCCAAGGACUCCUCGCCGCCAGCCAUGCACCACACGAGCGACGGCUACUAUAAACCCUACCAGGCCACCGCCGGCUUAUGACUAUAUGCCUGAUUUCCGAUGGUGAUUUUUGUUUUUAUUUUUAUUUCCCCAUCUCCCAAACCUCCAAGCCCAAACCCUCCUUCCCCACACAUCCAACCCACCCGACCCUACCCGACUCACGCGUAGGGCCACCCGUGGCAUGGCAACCUCAAGUCAGAUCUUCUUGUACUUCAAGCGGCAUUAGGCCUGCACACAACCCAGCUUGUAGCGGCUGAACCGCAGCAAUCAAAAGACGAUCUGCCUCACACUGCGCCACCCCGCCUGACAAUGGCCACCCUGAAUAUCAAUAUCCGUAGAGUAGCAACAGUCACUGCCAGGCUGCCGCCUGUCCAUACUGUGUCUGUCCACGGCCUGCAGCCGCCUCGCAAGGCUGCGAAAUGUAGAACUGGCGACAAAGAGAGAGAGAGGAGCGGAAAUAUCCAACAGAAAGCUGUUUGGGGUGUUUCCUUUGAUAACAACAGCAAGCCUCCCGAAUUUUAAUAGCAGGCUUUCUUGAGUGCCGAGGAGAAGAGAGAGAGAGAGAAAAGAAAGAAAAAAAAACCAACAAACAACAACAUGAAACUAACAGCCAACGCGAAAGUGUUUGAACUGCCUUUGUUUCUGAAAAGUAGACAUCUUCAUCUCCUCAUGAAUGAGAGAAACACAGAGUAAGAAAGAAAGAGACAGAGAGAGGAAGAAGAAGAAGAGAAAAAAAAAGGAUGUAGGCCCAAGGGACAAACAUUGAAAUGACCGACCUCUUCAUAGCUUGUUUAAGCCCAAGUUGUUCAUCGAAUAUUUUUUUUUUUCAUUUUUUGAAAGCACUCGCCAAUCUUCGUAGUGUUCUUUGCUUGAAAGAUUCGUGCAUUUACAGAAAAGCUGCAACCAAAGACUUUUUUUUUUCUCUCCGUCGAUUUGUGAACGUCUUGGACUAGAAACUCCUUUUUUUGUUUGUUUAUAUGUGUGUGUAUAAAUGUGUUGACAAUUUAUUUUUGUCUUCGCUCCAUUUCGUUUCCUUUGUUUCACAUGGGCUGGACCUACUGAUCUAGCAGUCGUGUGCCUGUUGAUAUUGUCAUAGGUUGUGACGGUUUGGUGUGGGCCCGCCGGGACUGUGGCCUCGCCAAACCUCGACAAAAACAUUUUUUUAUGUUCUUGAUUGUGUUCGUGUGGCACUCAACGUUUUUUGCAUUUUGAAACCAAAAAAAAAAAAUUAUAUAUAUAUAGUCUGGAUGUUGGGGUGUGGAAUCGUGUUCUUUUAUUUUCUGCCAUCGAAACUGACCAGCGUCCGGACUUCCUUGUCGGUUGAAUGACGUCACACGGUUAGGGUAGAGACUGUUGUUAUGUAGGCGGCGGCACUUCUUCCACAAUCAAGCUUCGCCGACACCAUUCACUCAUGUGGAAAAGAUCUGAACCACCAAGAGAAAUCGCUCGGCAAGUGAUAAUCAUUCUCCGGCGCUCGCUACAGGCGGCGGGCGUGAAAUCGACUUGGCCGCUGUGGGACCACUCAGCGGCUCAGUGGCGUGUGAAAUUGACAACACUCAGUCCUGUCAAUCGCCUUUUUGUGCACACUGAACCACUCGGACUGGGAACCUUUACUGCUAUGUAUGCCGAGCACAUACUCGGGGUACACCCCUGGCUGUAGGCAGCUACCCCUUCAUGUUCACCAUGGCAAGGUAAAAAAAAAAAAAAAGAAAAAAAAAAGUAAACAUCUAACUCCGUUUUAAAAAAGUUGAAACAAUUAAUCAUCGGCUUAAUUAUUACAUUUUUUUAAAUAAAAAAAAUUAUAAAUAAUGGCUGAUGGUACGAGACAAUUUCGAAGCGCAACACAAAGGUUUUACUGAUAUUAGAAGGAUAAUGUUUUUGCCGGUCGUGCUUUAAAGUGUGAUUAUUUCUCCCUUCUCCCACCCUCACCCGUACUUAGAAUAGUUCCUCAGUGGCCAUAAUGAGAAGCAUUUCACUGCGAUUUUCUGCACGCCUUCUCAGAACUUUCAUAUUUUCUUGCGAAUGAUAUUCAUCACAUAUCUUAGACUGCUUCAGACAGAAAAGGCGGGUGUGAAAUGUAAAAUGCAAAUGCUGCCCAGACAAUCAUACUUUUUUUUUCUUAUUUUUAUCAUUUGAAUGCUAAUUUGAUCGUUUGAUCAGAGAAAUCCACAAGGAAGCUGAGAACAGUUUAUUAUCUCCUUGUUUUUCAUAGCACAAAGUGGCGUACAUCUGUUGACUAGUCGGAGGUGGGGGGCCGUGGGUAAAAAAAAAUAAAUAAAUGAAACAAAAUAAUUAUAAAAAUUGCAAAGGAGAUUACAAAUGUUAUAUUUCUGCAUUUUCGUUUGUAUUUGUUCUCCUAACUUGCUCCUCCCAACUUACCUGUGGUUCUCCCCCGCCCCUAUCCACCACUCGUUGCUGUGAGCAAUCGCAUCUUGGACUGGUCAGUAGACAUGAUAUACCUGUAGUGUUUCACAAUGAACCGGUUCACUCAGUGUCCUAUAUAUGCUUAUAAUUAUUGUACUUUUCCGGACAUUCUUGUUCAAUAUAUGUACAGAUCUUUGAAAUGUAGAGGAUGCAUUUUGUCUCACUAUUUUGUAUCUUUACCAAAGGAACAAACUUUGAAACCAAAGGAAGCGAAAAAGCUACAAAACGAAGAGAAGAAAAAAUAUAAUAAAAUAUAUGAAAUGGAUAUUUUCUUUCGAAUUGUGUGUUGGCCAGACGUGCGGUAGGUAUAAUGGGCUGUUCGCCAUCAUGCCCCGAGAAGAAGAAACAAAUGGUUGUGGUAGUCGCUGUACCACCGACAGCUCAACAUCUCCCUCUGCCCCGCGACUGUGCAAAACAGAGAGACGGAGAGAAAGAGAGUGAGAGAGAGCAAUCAACCUCACUCCAGUUCCGCUCUGCGUUUCUAGGCAACAGUUAUCAGGCCACGAUAACAAAAAGUGUUGUAAAGGAAAACGGUGAAGAGAGUCAGACUCUAACUAGGAGUUCAAAACUACCGCAGCAGCUAGACAGCAAGCAGGGUGUGUAUUUUUUAUUUUAUUUUAUUAUUUUAUAUAUUUUUUGCAAACCAGGAAAGAUACAAAUAAAAUUUAAAAAAAAUGCUUGUAGAAGAAAACUAAGGAGAAUAAAUAAUGUAAUAUGUAAUAAAAGUUCUGACAGAUAACCCAACAUCAGUCACUCAACACACUAUUUCCAUUUUACAUUACAAAACUGUCGAUGUUCAAAAGCCAAAUAAAUAUGUCUCACAAAAUUUAAAAUACAAAUAGAACACUUUGACUAAAAUUUCAAGAUAUUUUAUAUUUUACCCCGCAAUAUUUUUUAGAAAUUUAAAUUUAUUACUGUAUAUUAUUUUUUUAAACAGUACUUUAGACAGAUUUUGUAGUUUCCACCAACCAAUGCCUCAUUCUUUUUUAAUUCUGUUUACAUAUUCAGAAAAAUUAUGCAGUAUAGAACAUUUAAACAAUUUGCGACUUGAAUAAAUGAUAAGGUAGUUUUUUGAAAGAAUAAACCAAAUAAAUUAAGUAAAUAAAUAAAACUAAGAAGGUGUGUACUCUACCCCUACCCCUGACCACUUGUCUCGCUUCACCAGGUUAAUACAGUGGACUGUAUAACACUAGUUAUCACUGUACACAAAAUAUUUACAACAGAGGUCCAGCCUUUCGGUGGACAUUUUCUAAAAUCUUCAUCUUUGUCUGGGUUGAACUAAAAUGUCUUCUACCGGAACUGGAAUGAAAGAAAGACCAAACCAUGACUGUGCCAACCGAGCAGUUGGUUCAAGAGACAAGGAAAGUUUCCUCAGAUUCGGGGAGGAGUAGGGAGGGUUGAGAGGGAAAGAAAAGAGAGAAAGAAAGAGAAAGUUUUGUAGAGACGGUGGUCCGCGGGGCCUGGCUACUACACAUUCCACCUCAGUUCGUUCCCCAAAACCGCGCAGUUGAGUAGUCGAGGGCUGUGUUAUCCUUGUACAUGCCUGUGUGUCUUAGGACGAGAAGUUUGUAGCACUCUCUGUUCUCCUCCUCCUUCCUUCCUCCUGUCUGCCCCUCCCUGUCCCUGGCUUUUCCUGAUAAGGGUGGGUGACGACUCAAAACGCAAGUACCCCUUUUCCUUUUCGCCAAGAUCUGAGAGGCAGCUUAACUGUCUUGUGCUCAAAAACAAAGCGUAUCUCUCUCCCUCUCUCACUCACUCACACACACACAGACACAAACACACGCACGCACGCACACCUAACUACACAGCACUUUCCCUGUCAGCCACUCAGCGUCACAAGCAGUGUCCCAAUCGUUAUUCUCCCCAUUUGUCCAAAGAUAUCUGUUAUUAACAUUUUCCUUUGAAUGUCACACAGACUGCAGGGAAACGUUUCUCCGACAAAAAGAAAGAAAAAAAAAAUCGGUUGUAGCUUGUUAUCGCGCUUCAUGCUUGAGCGACUUAUCGACAAAACCUGCGACAUUCUUCACGAGGCUAGAAAUGAUAACAAAGAAAUUUUGGAGUAUGUGAAAUUUCACACACACGCACACACACACACAUGCACACAUAAAGUCAGGACAAGAGAAAGAGGUUAGGAUGCACAGAGGGGAGGGAGAGUUUUUUCAUUGUGAAGAAAACAAUUCUUGCUUUCUUGUUCUUGUGGUUUUCUUGCUCUGCAAGUCACAGAUGCUGGGUUAAAGGGAAGGCGCAGGGUUUGAUCACACGGCUGAACAAUUCCGGGUGCAACCACCAGGGUUGUACAAGCUCUGUGUGUGUGUGUCAUUGAUCUCUCAUCCAGCACCGGUGCACGCAGGCCGUUAGCCACGCUCAGGUGACAGACAGAAGUAGUUCGCCACAUCAGCCACAGUCACGUGAUGCUGUUCCCUUAGAAGGUGGAAGAAGACACUUUCUAAAAUAUUCUGGAAGCUUCGGACUGCCUGCUCUUGUAGUGGAGUUGCACAGAAAAGAAUUUAAACAAAACAGAGGAAAAUAUCAAAAUUCGAUUAAAUAAAAAUCUGGCUCUUUAUUUUAAAAAUAAUUUUUAAUCUUUACAGGUAGGAUUUUUGGAGAAUUUUAAGUAUGAGAUUUUAGAAGGACUUAGUUUUUGUGAUAUUGUUAUUGUUGACGAUGAUGAGGAGGAGUAAUAAUCGAAUGAGAUAAAAAUAAUGGCGAAUAAUGUCUUGCAUUUGUUUAAAAAAUGAUAUUUUUGUCAUAGCGACCAAUAGUGCUGUGACAUAUUUCACCUGUUGAUAAAAAUCCCAACAUUUUAUUGUAGCUUUCACCAGAAAACAUAGCCAGUAGUUGAGUCACCAGGACAGGUAAAAAUAGGCCGGAGAUAAAUGGUGCGAUGUGAGGUGACACACUUCCGCUAGGUAAAGAUAGUGAGAACAGUUUCUCUCUCUCUCUCGCUCACACACACUCUUCUCUCACUCCCUUGCUCACUCUCACUUACUCUAGGAAGAUCAAGAAAGGGGGAGGGGGAGAUUGGGAGAGAAAGAUUAGAGAGAUGGGGGACGGUGAGAUCCUAUAAUAUUAUGUACCUAUAUUACCUCUUCUAGUAGUCAACAAGUAGAGAGUCUACUUAACACUUACUUGUUCCUGAAACUUAUAUCCCGGAGCACUCGACAACAAUUUUGUUUAUUUGCCGCAUCCUGAUUCAUUAGCUCAAAGUGUAAAUACCAUCUGAUAAGUUCACAAAAAUUAAUGUAUAUCUAAAAAUACAAUGCGGAUAGUUUUAUAUCUGUCUGUCUGAUUGCUUGGUAGUUGUCUGGCGGCUUGUCUGUCUGUCUGUCUGUCUGUCUGCUAAUCUCUCGGUUAAACCACGCACGCACGAACGCACACACCUCUAUUAUCUUAUAUUCUCCAUUGUCAUUUGGUAGUCCUCUUUCCUGCAGCAGACACUCUUCUCCUUUCCCUCCGCACCUUCUCAACCAGCUGUCAUAUUUCAUUGCCCUUUUCAAUUUUUCGAUUUUCCAAUCGAUGCUGAUGGUGUUUGUGGUGACUUGGCUGUAUUCCUGUAACCUGAUGUCGGACAGCUUCGCUUGUCGCCGGCACAAACAUUAUAAUGGAAUUACCCCAGCUGAAUAAAGCCCCCGACAGUCCCUGCGUUUAAAGGGGGGGACACUGCUAGGGACAGGACAGGCAAUCGCCAGUCGAAUGGAAGGUGACUUCAUUCAUUACCGGACGACACGUGCUUUUGCUCGUGUCAGCCUUGACCGCACGUCACGCGCGGGGCCUUGUUGCUUUGUCUUCUUCUCUCCCUCCCCUUAGCUAUUAUUUUCUCCCGGCACCCUUCCCCACCACCACCUUCCUUCCUUCAUCAAGUUGAGAAAAUGUCGGCCAAUCUUCCCGCAAAAGCAUGCUCCUUGUCUGAAUCUGUUUUCUGAAGGGAGAUAAUUUGAGCCUGUUACGUCUUUCAGGUGGCGAUAAUCAUUGUCAAGCAGUUGCUGGUCUGUGGGUUACCAACGUAUUGUAAUUAGAAAACAAGGGAAUUUCACGGGUGGGGGAGUUGUAGAAUAAUGGGUGGGGUUGCAGUUUGCUGCUGUCUUAUUUCAGUCUUUUGUAUUACGAUAGUGAUUAUCUGUUCAAUUAUCUACCCUUACAGAUGGAACAUUUUACUUAAUUUUCUUUUUUUUUUUUUUAAAUCUUGUGCGCCUAGCAUUUCUUGGCUACUAGUUGCAAUAUGCAGCGGCAAUAAAGAAAGCUUGUUUCUAGUAUCUAAUUAUCCUCCCAAUCAAUCAAAGAUAUUCAGGAAGAAAUUCUUGAGAAUCGUCGAUCAUGCUCAAAACACGUAUCAUCUACAAGCCCAGCACGAGGAGACAUCGAUCUCGACACGUAUAUUCACUUGCAGCAGUCUCUAGCCGCCUUUUGUUUCUAGAAUUCUAUCCUGAACUUAAAGCCUGCCACUUUCUGCCUCGCCUCCAUCAAUAUGAUCUCUAGCAAAGGUCCAUGCUUCGCGGAGCUCACCCAGGUCCACACCACGUGAUCAAUAAACGUCGGAAACAUCGGCAGCUGUAUACCGAAGCCUCCCAACACCCUCUUCCCUUUCUAUCCACGGCCUUUUUGUGAAGGGGGGAUGGAAGGGUUAGGGGAGGGAAGCAUCUUCCGCCAGUGCACGUGAUGCUCGGACCAGCGUGGGACAGACGGCUAGACAACAUCGACUACAGGCGAAAGGGGGGCGCUGCAGGCGGCGCUCUUGUCGUCGGGUCUUCUUCUCUUCUGCGACGUUCUGCAGGAAUUCUGCGCCACGCGGGGGCCCUACAGGAACCACUUCCACCCCGGGGCCUGCGCCCACCACUUUCGAGCACAGGACGACAGACACGUUUCGAUCCCUUGAUCGUUUCUGAGUAUUUGUUUUGCCAAGCAUCCACGGCGGUCCGACAAAUCUGAGCUUUGUUCACUCGGAAGCGCCAGACACAGAGGUGCGCUAUGGAGUUUGGUGCUGGAGAAAGGAUGGGAUAAGGGAGUCUUGUCUUGACAGUGUUGUCCGUGAAAAAAAAAAA